UUUAAUAAAAUAACCUACACAGAGGGCAGAGUCUCGGAAGUGAUCCUUGAUUGGUCUGCCUUUGAUGACGCAGCCUUUGCGAAUCAUUGGCGAGUCAUCUUUCUUCUUCAGGUAAUCCUCGGCUAGGGAAGUGAUCGCUGGAAGAUUCAUUACGGUUGGACAACUUAAUAUCGACAGCGAUCGGACGGCUGUGUAACGCGAGGAGCCGAGUGUCGUUCAACGACGGUUGAGCAGCGCGAGGAGCAUUGUCGUCCUCUGAUAUAUGUUAGCUUGUUGACAGCUAGUCGACAAGCUAACGUAUUUAGCUUAGCUACGACACCCCUAAUUUAUCGAAAGCAACAACAUGGCAUGAUAUUAUAAUAAUUAUUAGUCGAUAUAUUCCCUUUAGGGGGAUGUUUAGUUGCAAAUGGAUGCGUUGAGCAACAUUAUGUGUUUUGUGGACUCUCGAGUUAGCUUAGUUCGAUAGCUGAAAUUAUUUUAGUAAAUUACGUUACCCAAGUUAAUUUGUCUGUACGUAUGUGACAGUAUUUUCAGUAAUAUGUGGCAGGGCUUUACAGUCUAUAUCUAGCGUUGCUCAAGCUUCCUCUUUGUUAGGGCUUGGCUUGUGGCUAAACUGUUCCAGAGGUUAAAUAAAUACUCCCCUAACGUUGCCUCUGUACUAUUGGACACAUUCUUUGAAAAUGAAAAAUUGUGAGUAUCAACAAAUAGACCCAGGAGCGCUCGGAACAUCGAACACCCGGACCUCCACCACUUUAGCCUGUGGAAAGAAAAACUCCCAGCGCCCACGGAGGAAAUGGGAAGUUUUCCCUGGAAAAAAUCGCUUCUUCUGUGAUGGGCGUAUUAUGAUGGGCAGGCAAUGCGGUGUGCUUCCGCUAACCAUCGGCCUAAUCUUAAUCACCAGUGGCUUAUUUUUCACUUUUGAUUGCCCCUUUCUGGUGCAUCACCUUACUGUCUUCAUUCCAGUAAUUGGUGGGGUGUUAUUUGUAUUUGUCAUCAUCACCCUCCUUCAAACCAGUUUUACAGACCCAGGGAUAUUACCCAGGGCUUUGCCGGACGAGGCUGUGGACAUUGAGAGACAGAUUGAUAAUUCUGGAUCUUCAACAUACCGUCCACCUCCCCGGACUAAAGAGAUCCUUAUAAAUGACCAGGUGGUCAAGCUUAAAUACUGUUUCACAUGCAAGAUGUUCCGUCCGCCCCGGACAUCCCACUGCAGCCUGUGUGAUAACUGUGUCGAGCGUUUCGACCAUCAUUGUCCUUGGGUGGGAAACUGUGUUGGGAAGCGAAACUAUCGCUUUUUUUACGCAUUCAUAGUGUCUCUAUCCUUUUUGACCUCCUUUAUCUUUGGCUGUGUGAUCACUCACCUCACUUUAAGAUCACAAGGUGUGAAUGGUAUCAUCCAGGCAAUACAGGACAGCCCAGCCAGUAUUGCCGAGCUGGUCAUUUGCUUCUUUUCCAUCUGGUCCAUUCUUGGUCUGUCAGGUUUCCAUACGUAUCUUGUUGCCUCCAACCUCACAACCAACGAAGAUAUUAAAGGCUCUUGGUCCAGUAAAAGAGGAGAAGAAUCAGGGAAUCCUUACACCUAUAACAACAUCUUUACAAACUGCUGUGUGGUGCUUUGUGGGCCGAUGCCACCCAGCUUGAUUGACAGAAGAGGCUUUUUACCUCCAGAUGACGCACCUCAAACAGUGACCUCUGACACUGAGCUCCCUCCUUUCAUGUCUAAGAAUGACGCAAAUAUGUGCACACAAGGCACAAAGGAGCUUUUAGAAUCAAUGGCACAUUCCUCAGUGAUCCAGAGCACCUGCGCUCCGGGCACACCCAAAACUGCCCCGGUCACCCAAGAGAGUCUACUACGUACUGUCUCUUUCACCGUCUCUCCCCCCAACAGGCCUCCUUCUACUGGCUGUUCAGGCCACCAGGCCCAGCGCCCCAUAGAGGUUUCCUGCUCCCAGAAAGGGAACAAACAGGCUGCUCUUCACACCCAUAAACCCAUGUUGCGUGUACCCAGCCCUCCCUACUCCCUCGGCCACAGUCCGCUCAUUCUAAGUGAUGCUCCUGACAUGGGCUUCAUCCCAUUGAACUGAGUGAAGUAUCUCUGCCACUAGGAGCCUUGUGCAAAUACUCUCCUCUCUGUUACCACUUUUCACACUUUUUAAGAAACUGUGACUUACUAUACUCAGGAUCCUCUCAGGAAACAUGCCAUCUUUCAACAAAUGGGAAUAAGCCUGCAUUGACUUUUUAAAUAACAGAGGGAUUUCAAGAUUCAUUUGUUCCGUUAACAUCAACAUACACUUGGUGGAGAGAAACGCAAAACAU